ACCCACAACCGCAUCAGAGAAAUUAAAUAGCCCCUGUUGCAAACUCUUUAUUUCUUCCAGCAAUGCCACCCAUACCCAUGUCCAAUACCCUUUUAGCUUCACUCUUCAUUUCCCUUCUCAUCUUCCACUUCGUCGAGUCCGAUCCAGUGGAAACCAGUUCAGGUCCCCAAGCUAGCUUUCAGUAUUUGUCAAAUAUGGUGGAGGAUGGGAGUUCUGAUUUAUCAUCUACGGAUAUUGAUUGUGGCCAAGCUUGUGAUGUUAGGUGCCAGUUAUCAUCGAGGCCAAAUCUGUGCAAGAGGGCGUGUGGAACAUGUUGUGCUCGAUGCAACUGCGUUCCUCCAGGCACUUCCGGCAACUAUGAUGUCUGUCCAUGCUACCGCGACAUGACCACCCACGGCGGCCGCCACAAGUGCCCCUAAUUGUCAAACAACCUUUGCUUAAUUUCAUCACAAACCUACAUCUAUAUAUACAAGAAAGGAAAUUAAUGAAUAAAACAUACGGUACAAGAAAAAAUUCUGUAAAUU